AUGCCUCAAUUAGAGAGCUCGGUCCCCAACAAGGCUUCCCCGCUACAAGGUCGAGAAACCGCUGUGCAACCAGCAGCUGGCUCCAAAAUUAGUGGCUCCGAAAACAAUGCAAGGAUAGCUUCCGGGAGUAAAGUUCUCGAGCACGCUAGAAAGUCUCAAGUUACCAAAUGCCAAGAGCAUGUAGUUGUUCCGGUCAUCAAGGCACCUGUGGGUGGGGUUGUAUCAAAUAGUCUUCAUCCAGCAGCUUUCGACCUACCGCCGAUUCAAGAGCACAGCAUUCCCAUGAGUAUUCCGGAAGAUGAGGAGAAACCCGUAUCCGGGCAGUCAGAACCAGAAGCUACCCCACCAGCUUCCCCGCAACCGAAGGCUCACAGACCCCACCGGGAAAGAUCUCUCUCUCCAGGAGACUCACCGCAGAACAAGUCCUCGGCCAGCAAAAAGAAACAAGUUACCCAAGAAGUCCCUCUGAAACCCAUUGUUGAUGUAGCUGCCACCAGCGGAGCUGCCCCGGGGACCAAACCCACUCAAAAUCCUACAGGCAAACCGCCACGGCAGAAGUCAAAACCAUUCGCUGAGGAGCCACAGGUAGAUGAAGCUACAGAGCCCAGUUUAGUGUCCAAAUUCAAAGUCCAAAAUCGGUUCCUCAUGGACUCUGUCGCUGCUAAUCCUGGAAAUACUCUUAUGAUCUUAAAAUGGCUUUCGGGGAACUACGAACCGAUGGAUUUAGACCCCGAAGGCUCAGAGUCUGAAUCAAUGACAGUUCAGCGUCUCAGAUUUCACCAUAUUGAAACUCUUGAGGGCAUUAAAGCCGCAGACUGGCAGCAUAUUCAAGAGAGUGGUGAGGUAGCCUACAGGCUUUUCCACGAACUAUUAGAGUUGGAAGCAGACUCUUUAAGGAAAGGCGGAAGCCCAAAUCAAGUACCUUACCAUGAUUGGCCUAGAGAUACCCGCCUAAUAUACGAAUUUUGGUGCAUAUUCAAGACCAUAAUUGAACUUAUUAAGCCAAAGGGGGAAGUAAGAUGCAGGAUUUGUGCGGGUGCAUCCAAGCUUGCCGUAACACAUCCUGGAGCAGCACUUGAAAGGGUUAUUUUAAGCCUGACUAAUGUGCAAAUUCAGGUUUGUAACUCGGACUCCGAGAUGGCAGAGGACCGUUGCACCAAACUAUUUCGAUAUAUUGGUGUUCUGGAACAGCAUGAAAAAGUGUUUUCCGCACAGAUGAAAACCGUUGCACACUUUUUGAUGGCUAGUAUCCUCAGAAAGAAAGGGCACAACGUAGAAGCAAGAUUUUAUACUGCGCAGGUACGUCGAGUAAAGGAUACCGAGGAGAUGGUAUGGAUUAAAUGGGUGAAGAUCUGCCUCACUGAGUAUCUAGAUCUGGAGGUUUGA